UGAUCCUUCCUCCAUGGUUUUAUGUUUUAUGUGUAAAAAAAAGAUUGUUGGUGCAGCAAAGCAGAGCAGAGCAGAAAAUAACAUUUAAAGCGUAAUUUCUAAAAGAACAUUAUAAGAUUUUAUUACUUUAGUCAUGUUUACAUAAUUUUUAAAUAUUUUAAAGUAAAUAACCAUGGAAAAAAAUCAAUUAAGCCCUGGUAAAGGAGGUCCAGCAAACAAUUUUGCUGGUGAUAACGACGAACCUUAUCCAAGUCUAUCAGAUUACCACGAUUAUGAGCCUAAUCUAGAAUUUGAUGACUCUGAAUUACAACAGUCGCCAAAUGUUAUAGCCCAAACAGUUGGUAUGAUCCAAGUCGAAUCGAACAGCAUGGGUUCUCCGAUAUCCGACUUCACCGAUGAUAACUUCGAAGAAGAAUUGGCGGAGGCGUGCGAAGAGAAUUUAGACAGUUUGAUGUUCUGCUCGACGUCCUAUCCGGAGGUCGGCGAUACGGCGCCCGAAAAAUUUUCUGAAAUUUCCCGAUACGGUAUAGUCGAUGUGAAGGGCGACGAUUCGGACGGAAGGAAGAUCAUCGUCGUGUAUGCUUGUAAAUUGCCUCAGAUUAAGGAAAUCGAUCAUACUUUAUUAUUGAACUACCUUAAAUACACAUUAGAAAGUUACGUCAAACAGGACUACAGUCUCAUAUACUUCCAUCACGGUCUGACAAGCAAAAACAAACCCUCCCUAGGUUGGUUAGUUCAGGCUUACAAAGCCUUCGACCGAAACUACAAGAAAAACCUCAAAGCCCUUUAUCUAGUCCAUCCAACGAGCUUUUUAAAAUUCGUUUCGCAAUUAUUCAGACCCCUCAUCAGUGCCAAGUUCGGAAAGAAGUUGAAUUACAUACAUAGGCUGAAGGAGCUCAACGAAUUUGUUCCUAUAGAAAAAUUGGACAUUCCUAAUGAAGUGAUAGAACACGACAAAAAACUUGGCGGCGAAAUUCCUUUACAUCCGACAACCGAUUCUCCGUUUGAACCAGCUUCUCCCACCCAGCAAUUUGGGGUUACGUUGCAGUAUAUUAGAGACCAGUACAAUGUGAUUAUUCCUCCAGUAGUUAAACAAUGUAUAGACUACUUGGACCAACCUGACGCCCUCGAAACUGAAGGCAUUUUCCGAAGGUCGGCGAACGCCGUAAGAGUGAGAGCGUUGAAAGAAGUCUCCAAUGCCGGUCAAAAGUUGACGUUCGAAGAUCCUCACGAAGCUGCGGUGCUGUUGAAAAAGUUUUUGAGGGAAUUGAAGGAACCGCUUUUGACUUAUGAGCUGUAUGAUGAAAUUUUACAGUUUCAAAGCUGGAAUAAUGAUGAAAGACUGAGAUUGGUGUCGAUUCUUGUAAUGGAGAAGCUUCCAGAAGAUAAUUAUAAGGUGUUAAAGUAUAUCAUUAGAUUUUUAUCCAGGGUAAUGGAAAGGUCUGACCUUAAUAAAAUGAAUGCACAAAAUUUAGCCGUAGUGUUUGGACCAAACUUGGUAUGGUCCGACAUUGUAUCGAUGUCGUUAGCUGCCAUAGGACCCAUAAAUACCUUCACGCAAUUCUUGCUCGUGCAUCAGAACGAGAUAUUUAUGAUUUAAGGUUUUCUUCAUCAGUGUACUGUGUACUGUGAUUUUGUUGCAUUUUUUUUAUAUUUAUGAACAAAUUUUAAUAUACAAUUUAUAUGUAACUAUUAACGAACCUAUUUAUUAUUUUUGAUAGUAUCAAUAUUGUGAUUAAAACUCCAAAUAAAUGAAAUUUAUGUUACUAAAAUUAGAA